AUGGACCUCUUCUCCGAUGAGCUUGUCUCGGAGGUCCUGGGCCUGCUGCCGCCCGCAGACAGGCGAGGGAGGGCGGGAUGGGGCGGGCACGCGCUGUCUGCCGUCUGCAUCCAAUGGGACCGCGUGGUGCGCAGCAUGCAGCGCCGCCUGUACAUUGACUUUCAGCAGCAGCCCGGCGCCAGCAUCGGCGCCAGCGGCGGCGGCGGCGAGGGGAGCGGUGGGGAGGAGGGCGCGAGCGACGACGAGGGCGCCGCAGCGGCAGGCUCGCUGCUGGAGGGCGCCGCGCUGCGCACCAUUGUGGCUCUGGUCAUCACGGGCCUCAAGCUGCCGACCCAGGAGGAGUGGAUCGGCAGCCUGACGCUGCUCAGGCGCCUCACCCUGGGGCGCUCACCACAGGUGCCCGAGCAGCUGACGCAGCUGCAGGCCCUGACCCACCUGGGGCUGCACCGGUGCGGGGACGGCAGGGAGGGGCACUGGAGCGUGCCCGCCGGCAUCACCGCGCUCGGCCAGCUGCGGGAGCUGCAGGCGUGGGGGACCAGCCUGGAGGGAGACAUGGGCGCGCUGGGCUGCCUGCCCCGCCUGGAGAGGCUGGACCUGCACGAGUCGCAUGUGGACAGCGUGGGGUGGCUGCAGGGCCUGACCUGGCUGACCUUCCUGCGGCUCAACAACCUCAACAACUGGGUCACGGUGCACGCGGUGGAGGCGUGGGAUGCCGCGCUGAGGCCCCUCACGCUGGUGCUGGAUGUGACGGACGACUAUGGGAUGCACCACGAGGAGGCGCUGGCGGCGGCGCUGCCCGCGGUGGCGGUGGACUUCUACAGGCUGGGCUGCGAGUGA